AAGGUCAAAUGAACCGUUAUAAUGCAGAGUAAAGUAUCUUCAAAAGUUAACACUAUAAACUAAAAGUCACUGGACGGUAAAAUAAUUUGAUUCACUAUCAAGACGUGUAUAUCAUACGGAUUAAAUAUGACACAGUUCGUCAGCUGGUUACUGAUAUUAUUUUGUGUCGAUACGAAUGGACACGAGAUUAGCCAACAACGUUUCGACUCGAUCCCAGUAGAAAGUUAUAACAUAAAGAGAGAGAAUUGUGUAACUAAUAGCGUCACAUCAAAUCGUUUGUCUGAAGUGAGAAAAUUAUUUGACAAAAACAAUGUAGAUGCUUACAUAAUUACAGCUGACGAUGUACAUAUGCACCCUGGCUUGUCUAACAUUGCCAAAUGUGAUAAACGUCUACAAGCAGUAUCGGGAUUUUCAGCAAACUUUGGAAUAGCCGUUGUAACAAGUACUAGUGCUUCCUUGUGGACAGACGGUAGACAUUUCAGACAAGCCGAGAAAGAGACCGAUUGUGGAUGGGAAAUUUAUAGAAAAGGUGGACCAGAGGUUGUUACGGUCACAGAUUGGAUUAUACAGAAGUUACAGACUAAAGAGGGAGAGAAAAAUGUUGGAUCGGCUCCAAGUUAUAUGAAUGCUGUUUGGUGGAGAAACUUCGAUACAGUUUUAUCCCAAUCUAAGAUAAGACUAUUGCCAAUUAAUAAUGAUUUAGUCGACGAAAUCUGGACAGAUUCAAGAUCCGUCCGUCCCUCUAAAGAUCUCAAUUCUCUGGAUAUAAAAUAUGCUGGUCGUACAUGGCAGGAGAAAAUUGAGGAUGUUCGCAAGGAAAUGACAAAAAAGAAUGUAGAAGUCUUAGUAGUAACUGGCGUUGAUGAAAUUGCAUGGCUAUUCAAUGUACGAGGAAAGGACUUUGCGAAUAAACCAUACUUUUAUUCCUUUGUUUCUAUAGAUAAAAACUCUGUCAGCCUAUACAUCAUUGACAGCAAAUCUAAGCUAAAUAAAGUCCCGACAGAUCCAGAAUCAAAACAAAAAUUGAAAGAUCAUUUGAAGACAGGUGCAGAUGGCAAAUGUACCGGGGAAUGUGUACAGGUAAUGGAAUAUGAUCACAAUCAGUUUGCCCUCAACAUAGCUUCAUUAGCAAAGAAGUCAACAGGAAGAAUCUGGCUGUCCUAUGAUUGUAAUUAUAAACUGUACUCUGUAAUUCCAAAAGAAAAAGUGUACCAAGCAAUUCCACCUACAUUGUAUUUAAAAGCUAGAAAGAAUUUUAUUGAAAGGAACGGAAUGAGAAAUUCAAAUCUUUUGGAUUCGGUUGUUAUAGUUGAAUUUUUUGCAAGACUUGAAAAAGAGAUAUUAGAAGGUAUUCCCUGGACAGUUCAUCAAGCUGCAGAAGAAGCUAUUAAAGUGAGAAGUCGAUCACUGAGUCUAUACAGAGACCAAAGUUUCAACACUUUAUCUGGAAGCGGACACAGAGGUGCCGACUUUCGUUAUCAUCCUUCCGCGGAAACAGAUCAUGAUAUAACAACAACAGAAAUAUUCAAUCAAGAUAGUGGCGGACAGUAUCUAGAUGGAACAAGUGAUUUAACAAGGACCUUUCACUACGGGAAUGCUACUGAACACGAAAAGGAAAUGUAUACAAGGGUUCUGAUGGCUCAUAUCAACCUAUCAAACUUGAAAUUUCCGGUAGGACAAACAGGGAGAGCAAUUGACGCGGUAUCACGUGAACCCCUGUGGGAAGUAGGCGUUGACUAUAUGCAUGAAACAGGUCAUGGUAUAUCUCAUAAUGGAGCUGUAGUAGAAGGACCAGCAUCGAUUUCAUGUAUUGAAGAAACCCACAUGAGCGAUGUUAAAUUGGAUGCAAGUUUGUUUGGAGGAGAUGACAAUCAAUUAGAACGUGUACCAGACAAUGCUGACUAUCCCAUAAACGAACACAUGUGCUUUACUACAGAGCCAGGGUAUUAUGAAGAAGGAUAUUUUGGGAUAAGAAUAGAGAACGUUAUGAUUGUUCGGAAAUGUAAACAGAAGUACAAUAUCUCAUCUCAUCAUUUCCUGGAGUUUGAAACUGUCACCUUUAUCCCAUAUGAACCAAAACUGAUUACCUAUGAUAUCAUGAGUCAAUCUGAAGUUGAUUGGAUGAAUAGUUAUCACCAAGAAGUCUGGGACAAGGUGUCGCCAUUGCUGAAAAAGAAAAAUAAUAAUGUUGCAUUAGAAUGGCUUCAUAAAAGAGUACAACCAGUGUAUUUACACCAUAAUAUUCAUAGUUUUUACGAAAACAGUGAUAAAAUAGAGUUAUGACGACAAUAAGAAAUUAAC